AUGCAAUCCCUGAGCUCCGCCCGCCACCCCACGGCCACCCCACCCCACCCACCCACUCCCCCAAAACCCCACUCCUCCGGCGAGCAAUCCCCGAACUCCAGCGAGAUUCAGAUCUUCGUGAAGACGCUGACCGGGAAGACGGCGACGCUGGAGGUAGAGAGCAGCGACACCGUCGCCAACAUCAAGGCCAAGAUCCAGGACAAGGAAGGCAUCCCUCCGGACCAUCAGCGGCUCAUCUUCGCCGGGAAGCAGCUGGAGGACGAGCGCACUCUGGCCGACUACAGCAUCCGGAAGGAAUCGACGCUGCACCUGGUGCUGCGCCUCAACGGCGGCAGCAAGGGCGGCACCUACCCCAAGAAAGUCGAGCCCAACCUCCUCCAGCUCGCGCUCAAGUACCGCCAGCGCAAGAUGAUCUGCCGUGCUACGCCCCGCAAUCCCAUCAGGGCCUACAACUGCCGCAAGAAGAAGUGCGGCCACUGCAACGAGAUUUGUACAUAG